UUUUGGCUUUUCUGCGGCAGUUGUCCGUUGAUGGCGUUUCCAGCAAGCUUAUAUGCUUGUAUUGAACAGUUAAGAACUAAAUUCUGUUGAGCUUUAGAUCCGGCUGCAGGAUAGGAUAGUUUUAAACUUCUCAUGAAGUAACUUACUUGAUGAACUUCCGGUUAGACUUCGUUGGGGAUCUUUAUACCGUAAGUCCCGUAAAGGAAUGGUCGCCGAACAAAUGUGUGACAAGCUCCGAUUGAAGUUACAGAAUUGCAUUCAUACUUUGAUGCUAAUCUGUUCAUGGUGGCAGCACUGCAUAUCAAUAUACACGACAAAAUAAAAUAAGCAGCAAAAAUGAAAUAGUGGUGAAAAUCAAGGUCAAAGCGUUUUUAUAAAGCUUUGAGGUUGAAAAUGUAUGUUUGAAGACGGACUAAGUAUUUGCUACUACAAGUUCGAGAUAACUGCAUACCCAGGGUACAACAUUAAGCACAAACGAUAUGGGAUGUUUCACGGAGUUUCUCGGACACUGCAUACGUCUGAUAUUUUUACUCUUCUUGUUUCACUUCCUCAUGGUGGUUCUGAUUACGACGCACGAAAUGUACAGCGACAGAAAAAUAAUUCAGGUGGACGUGAGACAGGACAGGGUGACGGUGAAUGAAGUGGACAUCACGCUGUGCCCCACGCCGCCGCUCAACUACACCCGGCUGCUGGAGGUGGGCCACACGUACCGCGCCGUCGCCCACCGGCUCGAGGGCGAGCUGUUCGAGAACAUGACCGCGCCGCGGGGGGUCGGAGCCGUGUUCGCAGAUAUGAACCGCUGUCUGCAGCGCAGCCAGGUGAUGAAGCCCACCGAGGACCUGCUGGACAGAAUCGAUGUGGCCGUCUCAGUGGGCUGCGUGGGCCACCAGGCUGAGCAGAUGGCAAACAGCCACAAUAAAACCACGACCGAGUAUCUCAGGCAUCUGGUCAUCGAACACUCGUAUCGCCUGCUCGCUGACUACUUCGAAAGGAAAGACGGCCUAAAUUUUUAUUACUCCCAUAAAAUAUUCAAAGGGAUUGAGUACCUGAAGUGGGACAACCUGUCUACGUUUGACUUCCUCGAAAGAAUCGCCAUCAAACCGGCCAAGAUUAUCAAGAUUAGGCCGAGAUUCAACUCCAGCUGGAUUAUGACAGAGAUUCACACACGCCACGCGCCCAGCUGUGCGCGGUACCGCGUGCGUCUGGACCCGGACCAGGACGUCUUCAGGGCCACGUUUGACAUUGAAGGCACGGUGUGCCAGGAGUCGCUAUCCAACACGGCUGACCUGUGGAGACGGGACUUCUGCCAUUCCGAUGAGGGCGUGGGCCUGCUGCUACGAGCCACUGCCGCGCAGGGCUACCGGGCGCUGGGCGGCCUCUUCCAGCGUCCGCCUCUCUGGCUGCCCCUGGACCGCUCCAGUGUCAUCGAACUGGUCGCUUCCAAGAAGAAGAGGGACGCCAAUUUUUGCAGCAAUCGUCGCGAUCAGGGCAGUCGUCAGCAGUGCCUGCGAUCGUGUCUGAUUGACUCGGCGCUCGGCCAGAUAGACUGCAUGUUUCCGUGGCUGGAGAACACCGAUGAGGGCAGCACUACCCCACAGCUGCCGUACUGCAACACGUACAAAAGCGCCGCCGAUGCGCUGGCGAUCUCGGACGGUCUGCUAGACCACCCGGAGAGCUCGCCGUGCUGGCAGCACUGUCCCGAGGACUGCUCGGAGCUCGAGGUGGACACGACGCUGGCCGGACAGGUGGAGCAGCCAGCCGCCGACAGUCAGCGCACCAUCAGCAUCCUGCUGCACGCCGACCUGGCCCAUACCACCACGGCGAUGGUGGAGGUGCCCAGUCUGACGCAGUGGCUGGCAACUGUGGCCAGCGUAGUGGCUUACCACAGCGGCGUCAGCUUGCUCUCCCUCACCCAGUGGCUGCUGGGGCUGACAAUGUGGCUCGGUGGCGCGCGGCGGUACCUCGGCGCCCUGCGACCCAUCUGCGUGGCCGACCUGUACCUGGGUCGGGCGAUGCGCCGUGCACGCGUAGCCUACCGCUGGAUCUGGAGACCGCAGCCGGAGCGGCCCUGGCUGCGACCCGUGAAGGGCAGGCCGCGGCCCGACACUCUGUGUAGCUCGCUGCUGCCAGUGACCAUAGGGCAGCCGGCCGAGCGGCGUCCGUUCUGGAGGUCGGUGCUGGCCGAGCUGGACUCGGAAAGCGAGAGUGACACGGAAUCGGUCAAGGACGCAAAGGACGCCGUGGACCUGCAUGGUCGGCUGGUCCGGCUGCGCGCCAGCGUACUCGAGUUCCUGCGCGGCUGCUGCGGCCAGGCGGCCGAGCAAAAGGUACUGAAGGAGAUCGAAGCCGAGCUGGCCAUGGAAGAGGAGCUCGACCAGCUGGCGGAGAUGGUCUCCUCCAACGGGAUCGUCUUCCCGACGUCCUCGUCACUACAGCGGCAAAGUAUCUACAGUCACGGGAGGCGCGGUGGGCGGCACGGCAGCCACCGCCCGAGCAUGAUGCCCAGUGGCAGCAGGCACUCCUCGCGCGGCCAGAGGCUGCUCUCGGCGCUGGGCGGGGUCGGCGCCAACGCCUCCCGGUACAGUCCGACCGGCCACCACUCGCACGGCGCGUCCGGCCACCGCCGGCUGAGCCUCAUCUCCCAGGCGUCCGGUCGGCGCAGCUCCGUCCACCGGCCCAGCUACGUGCCGGGCGUGGAGGGCCCGCCGUCCACCCAUCACAGACCCAGCUCGCCCGAUCGACACUCACCGCACGAACACCAGCGCGCGGCGCGCGGACACCGACCGUCUGCGGCGGAACACAGCCGCAGUCAACGGCCCUCGUUCUUUGACAUGAGUCGCGGCGGUCACAGGUCAUCCGUGUUCGACGUGGAAGGAAACCGACGGCCCUCGUCGUUCAGCAUGGAUAGUGGCCACCGGCCGUCAUUUUACAGCAUGGGAAGUGGUCACCAGCCCUCCAUGCGUCAGAUGCGCGGCGGGAUACCUUCGUUCCAUGAGGAUGUUCGAUCUCGCAUGUCUUCUCUUGUUGGUGAUAAACGGAGUCACAUCCAACCUUUCCCUGAAGACAGGCAUGGUCGCAGACCUUCUGCCUACGAUCGAAGCCCUCCGGGAGGCCAAAGGCUCCAUGAAGAAGGACGUGGGCCAUCGCAACAUCGACGACCUUCGCACUACGACAGUGGCAACGACCACAUACCGCCGCCGCGCGAUGAUUUGGAGCACGGUCGAAGAUCGUCGCACUAUGACGAAGCCCACGGCCGCAGACCAUCUCAUUAUGACGACGGCCGCAGACCAUCUUUCUAUGACGAUGGCCGUAGACCAUCCUUUUAUGAUGACGGCCGCAGACCAUCGCACAUGCGGGGUCGCGGGCCCGGUCGUGGUCGAGGUCGAGGGCGUCCUGGUCGCGGUCGCGGUCGCGGUCGAGGAUCAGGCCGUGGCACCAGACCUUCGAUCUCGCCCGAUGAUGCGUAGAAGCAGGAGGGACAUCGAUGAUUGGCUACUGGCUGGCGUGCAAUACGAUAUGAGUAAACAGAAAAGCAAAGCGACAAGGCCCCCAGGUCGGCAAUCAACGGAAUGCAAUACACUCUUGAGUGAGGUAGAGGAACGUGUUCACUCUGUUAUUGAGUUAUGUGUGAACUUUGUGAUAUGUUUGCAAAUAUUGCUCGUUGCUCAUGAGCCAGGUCACUGUUUACUCUAUUGUUGUUUUUUGCCGGUUGGUUUGCUGACGAUUGCUUUCGUUGUCGUGGUGAACUGAAUUGAAUACACACACCGGAAGCAG